AUGCAGAACGAAUCUGAAUUAUUUUUACCAUCGCGAUUAGACAAGACACGACAACGACGGUUUCAUCGUGCUCCUUGGUUGUCUUCUCGUUUAUUUCAUCUAUUUGAACAAUCUUCUCUCUAUGGCUGUUUUCUAUUCUUAGCUUUCUCGGUUGCCGUAGUUGUAGGUACACGAACAACAUAUGAAGAAUAUCAUGAAUCAAGCGUAUCAAUACUGUUUUAUAUCGAAUUAACAUUGUGUGUGUAUUGUUUGAUUGAGUUUAUACUGCGAACGUAUGCAUCUGAAUCAAGGUCACGUUAUCAAGGGUUACACGGCAAAAUUCAAUUUUUCUAUGAACAUUAUGUAAUCGUUGAUUUGGUGUUAUUAAUUUCAUAUGCUACUGUUUUUACUUCAUAUUUAAUCAAAUUUUAUGAUACACCGAAAUAUUUCUUACAUGGUCUUCGCUUUCUUCAAUUGCUUCGUUUUAUUUCAUUGGAUCGAUACAUUAAAUCAAUUCCUUUAAUUAGUUUUAUCAUUUGGCAAUAUCGUCGAGUUAUUUUGGCAGCUGUCUACAUAUGUAUUUUACUUCUACUGCCAACAGCUUACUUUUUGUGGCUUGUUGAACGACAUAUAGAAACCAAUGGGCAAUUCUUUUUUAAAACAUACACAGACUCGGUAUGGUUUACUAUCAAUUCAAUGGCUACAAUUGGCUAUGGCGAUACUUGGCCUCAAACAUUGACUGGUCGUACUCUUACAGCAAGUUUAUGUUGCAUAGGUCUUGUACUUUGGACAUUGCCUGCUGGUAUUAUUUCAGCUGGUUUAACAUCCAUUGACGAAAAGCGUCGUGAAUCUGAACGUCUUCUUCGACCUGCAGCACGACUCAUACUUGCUUGGUGGCGUUUGCAGACUAUCAAGAAUCAAUCUCGAACCACAUGUGGUAAACAGCAAGUUAACGGAAAAUGCAAACAAUUUAUUGCUCGUCUUCUAUAUGCUCGACUACGCCGUGAAUUUCGACGUUGUCACUAUGGAACGAAUGAUGCCUACGAUGUUCAACUUAGAGUUGAUAUUGAUCGAAUUUUUCACUGUUUACAAACCAUUAAACAAAAACUAGAUGCUGUAGAUGAAAAAUGCUUAACUGAUUUAUAA